CGUCGUCGUCGGCCUCCGCGGUGGCGCUUUCGCCGUUGACGGAGGAAGAGCUUACACUGACGGUGAAGUGGAGCGGAAAAGAGUACACUGUUAGAGUUUGCGGCGACGAUACCGUGGGGGAACUCAAGCGCCGUAUAUGCCAGGCUACAAAUGUGCUGCCCAAGCGACAGAAGCUUCUCUACCCUAAAGUCGCCUCCAAACUGGCUGAUGAUUCUCUGCUUCUCUCUCAGAUUCCGCUCAAAGCCGCUGUCAAAAUGACCAUGAUUGGUACGGUUGAAGAUGAUAUAAUUGUGGAUCCAGUGGAGUCCCCAGAGAUUAUUGAUGAUUUUGAACUUGGGCAAGAUGAAGUCGUGGACAUCAAAGAUAAGGAUGUCAAUAAACAGAAAUUGAGACGCCGUAUUGAGCAGUACAAAAUUGAACUCCGAAAUCCCUGUCGUGAAGGCAAAAAAUUGCUUGUCCUGGAUAUCGAUUAUACUCUUUUCGACCACAGGUCUCCAGCAGAGAAUCCGUUAGAACUUAUGCGGCCUUAUCUUCAUGAGUUCCUCUCAGCCGUCUAUGCGGAGUAUGAUAUCAUGAUAUGGUCUGCAACCAGCAUGAAGUGGGUUGAAUUGAAGAUGGGACAGCUUGGUGUACUGAAUAAUCCUAACUACAAAAUUACAGCUCUUCUUGAUCAUUUGGCAAUGAUCACCGUUCAGUCAGAUACUCGUGGGGUCUUUGAUUGCAAACCACUUGGCUUGAUUUGGGCACACUUCCCUGAGUACUAUAGUGCUAAGAACACCAUAAUGUUUGAUGAUUUGAGGAGGAAUUUCGUGAUGAACCCCAGAAAUGGUUUGACCAUAAAACCAUUCAGAAAAGCCCAUGCAAAUCGCGACAGUGAUCAGGAACUUGUAAAGCUGACCCAAUACUUGCUUGCUAUAGCGGAGCUCGACGAUCUUAGCGCCCUUGAUCACAGGAAUUGGGAAUCAUUUAACGAAGACGGUUACAAGAGGCGCAGGCAUGCUUAGAUUACAAAUUUCUUUACCAAACUAUAAUGCUACUUCCCUAGUGUCUCCUGCGUUCACCAUUUUACUUAUUUGACAAAUGCACUUCCCUUUUUUUUUUUUUUGCUUUUAUAAUCGUUAUUUUCUUUGGUCGGGGUGGAGGAGGUAGUCGGUUUCCAGGGUUUGGCAGCAAGGAAGAGUAGGUGAAAAUUGGCGGAUGAAUAGGUUUUUUACUAUUAUGUUCAAAUAUUCGUGGUUACAUAUUUCAAUGUGCAAUCUGAAAUAUUGGUUCUUGGCACUCUUUUUCUUUUCUGAACAUCAGAAGAGAACAUUGCAUUAUAUCCAUGUUUGUCUGAGUUGUUA